AUGUCCGCACGACAAACCAGGCGUCAGGCGGCCAUGGCCGCUGCGGCCGAGACGCCUACCAAGUCGCCUGUGACGGCGUCGUCCGAGUCUUCCCAGCACGACAACACCAAUGGAAACGGUGCUAUUCAACAAUCAGACGCUCUCUCAUCAUCAGACCGUGCUGCGCCCAAGGAGAACAUCUUUCUUUUCUGGCCCAAUAUUAUCGGCUACUGGCGGAUUGUGCUUGGUGUCGCUUCACUUUAUUACAUGCCAUUACAUCCACGGACCUGCUCUGUGCUCUACAGCGUUUCGUGCUUGCUCGAUGCCCUCGACGGCUACGCCGCCCGCUACUUCGAACAGUCAACCAGGUUUGGUGCCGUGCUGGACAUGGUGACCGAUCGAUGCACCACAUCGUGUCUGCUGGUCUUCUUGUCUUCCGCCUUUCCGCGCUGGGCCAUUAUCUUCCAGGGAUUGAUCUCGCUCGACCUCGCCAGCCACUACAUCCACAUGUACGCAACUCUGGCCAUGGGCGGCUCCGAGAUGAGCCACAAAUCUGUGGACAAGUCUAGGAGUUGGUUGUUGAACCUGUACUACACCAACAAGACUGUCCUCUUCGUGGCCUGCGCCGCCAAUGAGCUUUUCUUUAUUGGCCUCUAUCUCCUUUCUUUCUCCUCGCCUCUGCUGUCGCCACAGCUUUUGGAGACUGUAGGGGAGGCCAAAGCUGCGGCGAUUCAAAGCGGUGCCCAAGUUAACAGCUCGAUCGUCCGCCAGCUUUUCACAAACCCUUACAGCGCGGGUGCUCUGGAGAUGGCUCGUGCCAACAAGAUGGAUUCGUUUUGGCCUUGGGUCCUGACCGGUGUCAGCUUCCCCAUCAUGGCCUUCAAGCAGUUCACCAACGUGAUCCAGUUGAUCAAGGCCAGCAAGUGGCUUGCUGAGGGAGACGUCGCAGCACGGAAAGCUGCAGGCUUGCCCAGAUCCAUCAAGGAAAAGGCUAAGAAGGGUUAG